AUGACUACUGAAGAAAUUAUUGUUCCAAAAUGUCAAGGCUGUUCAUAUUUAAUUGAAGAAGGGGCAGUAGUUGCAUUUGGCGAUUCAUUAUUUCAUGUCAAAUGUUUUAUUUGUGCAAAAUGUAAAGAAUGUGUUGAUGAUAAAACAAAUUUAUUACUUCUAGAAGAUGGAAGGCCUGUUUGUGACAAUUGUUCUUAUAAUUGUACUGUAUGUCAUGAAGUCAUUAGAGAUGAGGCUAUCAUGACUGGUGAAAAGGCUUAUCAUUCUCAUUGCUUCAAAUGUAUUUCUUGCUGCAAGAAGAUCGAAGAUUUGAUAUUUACACAAACUGCCAAGGGAAUUUAUUGUACAGCAUGCCAUGAAAAGCGAAAAGCUGAGAAGAAACGUCGAAAAAAUAAGACAAAUAUUGUAAAUGCAUCGGAGACAAUAGAAAAAUCACAGCAGACUUCUUGUAUUACUGUUUAUCCUGAGGAGGCCAGUAGCUUAUCUACAUCACCUGUAUUACCUACACCUGCUCGCUCUCGUGAAAACUCUCCACCACCAAAUAUGUCAGAAGCGCAAGUAAAUAAUAUAAGCAGCUCUAUUUUAUCAGAUUUAUCAUUAUCUUUCUUUGAUAAUGAGUCGACCGAACUUGCCAAUUUAUCUAAUUCCUUGGGUGUUAAUUUAUCUUUGAAAUCAAUAAAAGAUCAGGAAAAAGCGAGAGAUAGUACAGCACUUCGUAUCAACAGAGCUUCUGAAAUAUUACAAUCCUCAUUACGUACUUCUUCAUUAAAAAAUAUGGACCAACAUAAUGAAGAGAGUGAGACUUCUGUUGCUAUUAACUCUUCCUCUGAUGUGAAUACACUUAAACAAGAGCUUUCAGAAUUACGGUCUAGAAUGAAAGAACUUGAAACCAAUUAUAAAGUAUUACAGGAAGCAAGUCAACAAGCCCUUCUAGAUCUUGACCAAGUCAAAGAUGAUCUUGCAAAAGAAUUUAAUGUUAAGCAACAACUCGAAUUUACAAUUUUAUCACUGACAAAAAAAAAUGGGGGUGUUUUAUCUCGGAAGGAAUUAGACAAGCUUGCUUUAUUCAGAGUAGAGUUAGAACGAACAUGUAAAGAAAUGAUCAACUAUCGAGACAAAAUUGCUAAUACCAUUGAUCAAAAUAUAUCUAGCAGCUCUAUUUGUACAAAUUAUCAAAAAAAUCUCAAGAUUCAAAUCAAAUCAUUAAUACAGGAAAGAGAUUUAUUAAGAGCACAGACUAAAGAUUUACAAGUAUCAAGAGAUGACGUGAUACAUGAAAUGAUACUUCUCAAUACGAAAAAUGCUGAAUUAACCACAAUGAAUAAUGAUCUAUCUAGACGUGCUCUAGAAAAAGAAGAAACCAUUAUUAUUACAGCACCUAACAAUAAUAGUCAUUCACCUCCACUUUCUCCGUCUCAAUCUACAGAUACAACUAUUCCCACUAGGAUUCGGAAACCAUCCGAUGGUGGUUCAGUUGUUUGUAAUGUAUCCUCACAAAACAACUUUAUACCUGACCAAACACCUACACUAUUUCGUAUCAAAAAGAAGGGAAGCGCCAUGUUUGGUAUAUUAGGUGGUUCUGUCAGUAACACUAAAUCUGAAUCUUUAAACGGAAAUCAACAUCAUUCUUCUUCAAAACCAAGCAUCUAUAAUAAUCAUCUUCAUAGUAGCAGUGUACAAACUCUCAACUCUCAUUUCGAUACUAUUCACCAUAAUAGUGGUACAGUAGGACGAGCGUUUACCAAGAAUAAGGCUUAUGUAGAAUCAAAUAGCUCUUUAUCACAGCAUACCUCUAAUACUCAACAACAGCAGUCCUCAGGUGAUCACUCGUUUCAACCAAUGUCCUUUUUGAGACCUGUCAAGUGUGGAGCUUGUGGGGAUAAAAUUUGGGGUCGAAGUGAAUAUCGUUGUGAAGGCUGUGGCUUUUCUUCUCACUCUCGUUGUCUAACUAAAGUACCACAGCAAUGUACUGCUGCAGCACUAGCAACCAGUAGUAGUCUAGAAUUAACAUCUUUGACAUCCACAGAGGGUAUACAUCCUUCAAUUAGUUCAUCUAGCUUAUUAUCAACAAGCCAUGAAAGCAGUAUAAAUAAGCCAUUACCAAUACCUAAAAAGUCUAUUUCAGAAAGCAAUCUUUUUGGUAUUGAUCUCACAGAGCGUGCACAGUUUGAGAAUAGAACAGUGCCUUUGAUUGUAGAACAAUGUAUUAAAGAAGUUGAAGCAAGAGGUUUAGAGUAUGAAGGGAUUUAUCGAAAAUCAGGCGGCGCAGCUCAAAUACGUGCUAUUCAACUUGCCUUUGAACAAGGUGAAAGUACCAAUCUUGAUAAUGAAGAAGAGUUUAAUGAUAUUUGUGCUAUUACAAGUGUUCUUAAACAAUAUUUUAGAGACUUGCCUAACCCUCUUUUCACGUUUGAGCUUUAUGACACCUUGAUUGAUAUAGCAACUAUGAAUCACAAUGAAAAGAAGAUAGAAGCCUUUUCAAACGCACUAUCAAAACUUCCAAAAGCUCAUUUGGAUACAGUCAUUCUUUUAUUUACACAUCUUAACAAAGUUUUCGAACAAAGUGAAAAGAAUCGAAUGAGUGUAAAGAAUCUUGCUAUGGUAUUUGCACCAACAUUGAUGCGUCAUAAUGAUCCAUCAAGAGAUUUCCUUGAUAUCAGUUAUAAAAAUGCCACUAUUGAAUAUAUUCUUUUACAUACUACAGAACUAUUCCCUAAUAUUACCACUAAUACUAUCUCUUAA